AUGCUACUGAAUCCACUAACUAAAGAAACAACGGCUUUUUCAGAUGCAGCCCAUUGUGAGAAGUGCCCAGAUGACCAGCAUUCCAAUAAAAAGCGAGACCAGUGUGUCCCCAAGAUUAUAAGUUUCCUGUCUUAUCAAGAAAUGUUGGGUCUCAUCCUGACUCUCUUUGCACUUGGGUUGUCCAUAAUCACUGCCUUUAUUUUGGGAAUCUUCAUGAAAUACCGAGAAACUCCCAUAGUCAAAGCCAACAACCGGGACCUCACCUACAUUCUCCUGGUCUCCCUCCUGCUUUCUUUCUUGACUUCCCUGCUGUUCAUAGGUCACCCCAAGAAAGUGACCUGCCUCCUUCGACAAACUGCCUUCAGUGUUGUUUUCUCAGUUGCUGUAUCCUGCUUGCUAGCCAAGACUGUCAUGGUGGUGGUGGCCUUUCUGGCCACAAAGCCAGGCAGCAGGAUGAGGAAAUGGCUGGGAAAGGGUCUGGCCAACUCCAUCGUCUUGUCCUGCUCUGGGGUUCAGGUGGGCAUCUGCAUCAUAUGGCUGGGAAUCUCUCCCCCAUUCCCAGAUUCUGACUUGCAUUCCCAACCAGGGCACAUCGUUUUGCAAUGUAAUGAAGGCUCAAUCACCAUGUUCUACUCUGCACUGGGCUACAUGGGCUUUCUGGCUGGCAUCUGCUUCUUGGUGGCUUUUCUAGCCCGAAAGCUGCCAGGGACCUUCAAUGAAGCCAAGUGGAUCACCUUCAGCAUGUUAGUUUUCUGCAGCGUUUGGGUCUCCUUUGUCCCCACCUACCUGAGCACCAAAGGGAAAUACAUGGUGGCUGUGCAGAUCUUCUCCAUCCUGGCCUCUAGCCUGGGCUUACUGGGCUGCAUCUUUGUCCCCAAAUGCUACAUCCUCCUCCUGAGACCUGACCUGAACACCAAGGAGCAUCUCAUGAUGAAAAACUAG